UGGAAAGUUUGUCUCGGCGAUUCGUAAUUUCCAUAGCAAAGUCAUUGUAGUGUUGUAAAGCUUGAACCAACAUUUAGCCAUUAAGACAAUGUUAAGUUGCCUCUUGUUGUGCAUCCCUCAAGCCUAUCUUGACUAAACUGGUAUAUAUGCUUGGCUUGCCAGGCCAUGCGGUCUCACCCCUUCGCACAAGGUCUGCCUGGUCUGGCAUUGACUGGUGUCCACACAAAACCUUUAAUAUUUCACGGCCGACCUGUAAUGUCCUGGGUAAGCUAGUAUGUUCGAUCAAGCGUAAUUUUUUGCGGGACUUUUGCCUUGGUGCUUGCUUGUAAGCAGCAUUUGGAUUGUGUAGCAUUCUGUUAUUUAUUUCUACUAGUUGGCAUGCCUUCGCUGGUUAUCGCUGGGUUACUCGCCUGCUCGUUCAAGUGCCAUUCGUUCGUCUCUGUCCCGAGCGUCCUACCGACCCUUCGUUCUCUAUGGUAUACUACUUUGCUUUUUUCCUUUGCUAUUGCUUGCUUUGCUUCUGCUACGUGUUCAUAAUUUUGCCUUGGCUUCGGUAGUCGUUGCACUUUUGCACUUUUCGGCCAUCUGACGUGUCGUUAAAGUGCACUUGGUUCAAUACUUGGUCCUCGCCCGGUGGGCGGGCCAACUGGCCCUUAUAUACUCCUGCGACACCAGCUGCUGCCAGUCGUGCUGGCCUUUUGGAAGAUGGGCCAGCCGGAGGUGAUGACGAGGAGAUGGGGGGCUGCGUGGUCAAGUCGGGUGGUGCAGCGGUGGACACCGCCCGAGUCGAGGGCCCGCCAUGCAGCUGCUCACGACUGAGUGGCGGCCGGGAGGGCGGUGAGAGCAUGCCCCCCUUGGACGUCCCAGCCGCAGCUGCCACUGCAGCUGCGACACCAGCUGCUGCCAGUCGUGCUGGCCUCUCCCUGACAGGCUGCGAAGUGACAUCACGCUUGACGCGGAAGCCAUGGCUUCCAGAGGGCCCACUGGGGCUACGCCGGACACAGCCUUUUGACGGCUUGCGUGCCUCCACCUUCUUGGCGGCGUUGCUCCCAGGGGAUCCGCGAGUGCGCAACUUUACCCUCAUCUGCUCCUCCCGUAUAGCGAGCGUCAGCCGGCCGCCAAACUUGGAGGCUGCAUGCUUGAGCUUGGGGUCCCGGCACGAGAGGAGCAGCAGCAGUUGUGCAGGGGCCGGUGCUAGCCCUAGCAAUUUGCAUUUACGGUGCUAGCAUGGCGCCGUGUGGACUACAAGACGGAGCUGGGAGCCGGAGCUGGGCGGAGGCGCCGGCAGCGGUGGCAACGGCGGCACCGGCGGUGGCGGUAUGGUGCGAGGAGCCGCUGGUGAUGGCCACCGCCGAGGUCGCGGCACCUCGGUGGCGCAGGAGCUGUUUGCAGCCAUUCUCGGAAGUGCGCUUGGCCGGCUACAGGCAGACGCACUGGCGGAGCGGGUGUUUGGGUCAAGCCGCUGGCCACGCGGGACGCGGAUGGAGCUGCCGGGGCUUACUUGGCGGCUGCCUAGGCUACCGCCAGCUGUACGCCUACAGCCAGGCGGAAGCUCAGUGGCUGAUGCACGAGGUUGUGGACGUGGCGCUCUCGCGGAGCCCUAUCGCACGCCUGCUCGGUCCCGCCAUCGACUGGGCUGCGCGCAACGUGCUGGCGUCGUACUGCUGUCUGGAGUAGCUGCACUACAAGCAGGCCGACGCAACCGGGAGUGGAGGAUCUAGGACUAAGCGGCAGCAUGGCGUCAUUGGAGUAGCGGCGUACCAAUAAUGGGGACGAAGGUGGGCUUGGUGGCUGGAGAAAAUCGUUUUACCCGAGGGGUAUGCUUGAGUUGGAUUCAAGAGGGCGAGGAAGGCUCAUGAAGAAGGUUUUGGGUUUCAGGGGUGGCGCUCAAAGGGGGCAAGCGAACCUGAGUCCCUAUCCGCCCGCAUGCCUCGUUAAGGAGCCCGGUUAAGAAUAUCUCUGUUGUUGCGGCAUGCGAUGUGUUAUGAGGGAAGACCGUAUGUUGGUACCCGUUUAUGAAGGAAUUAGCCGUUCAAACUCAUGUUUGUCGACGGAAAGGGCCUCGUUUCGGCAUGCCGCUGGGGCGGCCUGUUGAGUAAAGUUGCGGGUUAAGGAUGGCAUGCGCGUAGGGCUAGGAUGGUUUUUGUUCAAUUAGGG